CAUCUUCUCUCAUCGCAGUGCCCGGGGCCCCCCCUCGGCGUGUAGACGUCGAGGUGCUCAACUCUACCUCCAUCAAGGUGAUGUGGCGCUCCCUGUUGCCAGGGAAACAGCACGGGCAGAUCCGCGGGUACCAGGUGCACUUCGUCCGUGUCGAGAAUGGCGAAUCUCGCGGCCUGCCCCUUAUCAAGGACGUCAUGCUAGCCGAUGCACAGUGGGAAAUGGACGACACAGCUGAAUACGAGAUGGUCAUCGGGGGCCUGCAGCCUGACACCACGUACUCCAUCACCGUGGCAGCCUACACCACCAAAGGAGACGGAGCCCGCAGCAAACCCAAGCUGGUGGUGACUAAAGGAGCAGUGCCGGGGCCUCCCUUUCUCUCUGUCAAUCAAAACUCAGAGACUACUGCAUUAGUACGCUGGCAACCCCCUGAUUUCUUCGCUCCGGGUCUCGAGGUGCAGGGUUAUCGGCUACAGUUCGGCCGAAAGGACGUGAGCCCCCUGGCCACGCUGGAGUUCGGCCCUCAGGAACUGGAAUAUUCCAUUAGCAAUAUCCACCGAGGGGCCACGUACAUCUUCAAAGUGUCCGCCAAGACCAGAUCAGGAUUUGGCGAAGAGGCUACCCGAGAACUAAAAGUCCCAGAAGAGGUUCCUCGAGGGUAUCCUCAAAUAAUCGAAGGGUCUAACAUUACCUGCUGCUCUCUCCAAUUUGCCUGGUUGCCUCCGGUAUUGGCAGAGCGCAACGGCGCUAUAACAGAGUACACGCUGGCUUACCAGGAGGCCGGAACAGCCGGUGGACCCAAGGAACUGCAUCUGCCGGCAAGCGAGAACAGCUACACCCUCAACAGCCUGAGGCCCAACGCAGUGUACGAUGUGAAAAUCCGAGCGCACACCAGUGUAGGUCCAGGGCCCUACAGCCCACCGAUCCAGUAUCGAACAGUGGCCUACGAAGCAGAUGUUCCUAAGAACUUCACCGUGAAGCUGGUCACCAAAACUACGGUACUGCUGACCUGGAGGUUUUCCGAUAGCCGCUUCCCGUACCGCUGUAUGAUUGAGUACCACCGGCAGAAGGUUGACAUUGACGCUAGGAUGACCAAAGCUCUCAUCACCAACUUGCGACCCAACAGCACCUAUGAGUUCAGAAUCACCUGCCAGGAAAGCAGCGACGGUGGACCCAAACACAAGCUCAUCGCACGAACUGCACCACCUAUUCUGGUCCGAAAGCCAGAGUUGGACCUGAAAAGAGAGCCAGACAGUACGCUGACCAUUGUCUUCCCACCGCUGGAAUCCAAAGAGUUGAUAAAGGCGGUCUAUGUUGUGGUGGUUCCUCUGAAGAAGGGAAGAGGUCCGAUCCGACACAUCAAGACCCCAGAUGAACUGGACCUAGAAGAGCUGCUGGACGACAGAAGACUCGGUCAACGUCACGCUCGAACCACCCGUCAGCUCAAGCAGGUGGACGGGAAGCGGCCCUACAUCGCUGCCAGCUUCAAGCCCUCAUCCAUGCCGCCGUCCUUCACCCUGGGCAACCAGAUGGUGUACAGCGGCUUUGAAAACAGGGCUCUGGACCCCGGGCAGGAAUAUGUGUUCUUUAUCCUCGCCGAGCUCAACACCACCGGAGGGAAAUCGUUUGCAUCCAGUCCCUACACGGAUCCAGUCACGGCUCCUGACGUGGACCCUCAGCCCAAGGAGACGGGAGGGGAUGGACUCAUCUGGGUGGUGGGGCCCGUUCUCGCUGUGGUCUUCAUAAUCUGUAUUGUGAUCGCGAUUCUCCUCUACAAGAACAGCAAGCCUGACAGCAGCAAACGUAAAGAGUCAGAGCCACGGACGAAAUGUAUGCUGAACAACGCCGAUAUCACCCCUCACCAUCCCACAGACCCGGUGGAGAUGAGACGAAUCAACUUCCAAACCCAAGAUUCGGGUCUAAGCAGUCCUGUCAGUGAAGCUGGUUUUGACUAUGAAAGUAUGAUGAACCACCCGCCGAUACCCAUCUCUGAGCUAGCCGAGCACACGGAGCUACUAAAGGCCAAUGACAACCUGAAGCUCUCCCAGGAGUAUGAGUCCAUCGAUCCGGGUCAGCAGUUCACCUGGGAGCAUUCCAACCUGGAGGUCAACAAACCCAAGAACCGCUACGCCAACGUCAUCGCCUACGACCACUCCCGCGUAAUCCUGGCACCCAUCGAAGGUAUCACAGGCAGCGACUACAUCAAUGCUAACUACAUUGACGGCUACAGGAAGCAGAACGCAUACAUAGCCACACAGGGGCCACUGCCGGAGACCUUCGGGGACUUCUGGAGAAUGGUGUGGGAACAACGAGCUGCCACCGUGGUCAUGAUGACCAGACUAGAAGAGAAGUCAAGGAUAAAGUGCGACCAGUACUGGCCAGGUAGAGGGACGGAGACCUACGGUAUGAUCCAAGUGACGCUCCUGGACACCAUCGAACUCGCCACUUUCUGUGUGCGCACCUUCUCUCUUCACAAGAAUGGUUCCAGUGAAAAGCGAGAGGUCCGACAGUUCCAGUUCACCGCCUGGCCGGACCACGGUGUUCCCGAGUACCCCACUCCAUUCCUGGCCUUUCUCAGGAGGGUGAAGACCUGCAAUCCACCGGACGCCGGCCCCAUCAUCACCCAUUGCAGUGCUGGCGUGGGCCGCACAGGCUGCUUCAUCGUGAUUGACGCCAUGCUAGAGCGCAUCAAGCAUGAGAAGACGGUGGACAUCUACGGUCACGUGACCCUUAUGCGCUCCCAGAGGAACUACAUGGUGCAGACGGAAGACCAGUACAGCUUCAUCCACGAUGCCCUCCUGGAGGCCGUCGCCUGCGGGAACACGGAGGUGGCAGCACGAAGCCUCUUCUCCUAUAUCCAGAAGUUGGCACAGGUGGAGACCGGAGAGCACGUCAGCGGCAUGGAGCUGGAGUUUAAGCGUUUGGCGAACUCCAAAGCCCACACGUCCAGAUUCAUAAGUGCCAAUCUGCCAUGCAACAAAUUUAAAAACCGCCUGGUAAACAUCAUGCCGUAUGAGACCACUCGAGUGUGCCUGCAGCCCAUCAGAGGGCUGGAGGGAUCCGACUAUAUCAAUGCUAGCUUCAUUGACGGAUACAGACAACAGAAGGCUUAUAUAUCCACACAAGGGCCAUUAGCGGAGACCACUGAAGACUUCUGGAGGAUGUUGUGGGAGAACAACUCCACCAUCGUGGUGAUGCUGACCAAACUGAGGGAGAUGGGACGAGAAAAGUGUCACCAGUACUGGCCGGCGGAGCGCUCCGCUAGAUAUCAGUACUUUGUGGUGGAUCCAAUGGCAGAGUACAACAUGCCGCAGUACAUCCUCAGAGAGUUUAAAGUGACCGAUGCACGGGACGGCCAGUCCAGGACCGUACGGCAGUUCCAGUUCACCGACUGGCCGGAGCAGGGCGUUCCCAAAUCAGGAGAGGGAUUCAUUGACUUCAUCGGACAGGUGCAUAAAACUAAGGAGCAGUUUGGACAGGACGGGCCCAUUUCUGUCCACUGCAGUGCCGGUGUUGGGCGGACCGGGGUCUUCAUCACGCUAAGCAUUGUGCUGGAGAGGAUGCGCUACGAGGGUGUGGUGGACAUCUUCCAGACGGUCAAAAUGCUGAGAACGCAACGUCCAGCAAUGGUGCAAACAGAGGACGAGUACCAGUUUUGCUAUCAGGCGUCUCUGGAGUACCUUGGAAGUUUUGAUCACUAUGCAACGUAAAAAGCCAUUUUUGUUCCCCCCGCCCCACAAACCCCCUCCCCCCAACAGCCUCCUGAGCCAUAAAAAACUUGCUUGAAAACAUGAAAUGAUGACAACUAUACACAAUUCAUACAAUUUUUUCGAAUAAUCGUCGUUUGGAAUCAAUCAAAACGCCUCAUGUGUAACCCCAAUUGGACAAGCAACACUGGAGAAGUGCAAAUGGAUCCCAAACUCUUCUACAUCCCAAGCUCAUGAUGCAGGAACCAAACGUUUUGGCUCAGGCUGUAGGGCAGGAAUGACGAUCUAGUUUUGGGACCACUAACCUUACCUCAAGUGUUCUGACGUGGAGGACAAACAUUGUUUCUUUUCAAACUAACUCUGUGAACAUAUUACAAAAAGACAUGAAGGAAAAGUUGGUGAGAUACAACAUGUCCACAUAUUCAAGUAUAGAUGAUGAGCACCUAAUUGGUUGGGUAAUUCGUUGGCAUUUAAAAUCCUUCUUUGUUUACUAAAAUGGAAACAUUUUCAUUGAAAGGACAUCUAUCGGUCUAGCAGCGGACUUCAUUGAUGUCUUCAAUGGAGAAGUUGGUGCAGCGGUACAAACAAGACUUCUUUUGCUGCUCACGUCUUGGGUCCAAGCCUCUCCUUGACAUGUUGCCAUUCAGACAAAAUUGGGAGCCACUUGAGAAGCGAUUCGAGGCAAACCGUUGAUCCACUUGAGAACGUAACCCUACUCUUGAAACCACUGGAGUCGCCAAACAAGAACUCGACACGUCUUGAGGCACUGAGGCAUUCAAGGAAUUGGUUGAAACCUAAUCGCAUCAGUUUCUUGAGGUGGGGACAGUUUUUUGGUGCUUUUGAGGACAUGCUAGCGAACAUUUCUGCCAAUGUAGCUCCAUCUCCACCUCUCGAGAGCCAAUUGGAGCGUGAAAUGUUGCAUCAACUAGAAAUUAGGACCAGAGGAACCACCAAAGAAAGUCUUGAGUUUCUUUGGUGCAAUGUAGCUCCAUUUCUAUCCUUUAGAUCCAAUGGGACCGUGAAAUGUUGCAUCAACUGGAGAUUAGGACCAGAGGAACCACCAACAAGGUUUUGAGAUUCUUUGGUGCAAUGUAGCUCCAUUUCCAUCCUCAAGAGCCAAUGAGAGCGUGACCUGUUGCAUCAAUUGGAGAUUUGGAUGAGAGGAACCACCCCAAAAGUCUCGAGUUUCUUUGGCGACUACAUCCGAUACAUUGACUGGUCUCUCCGUUGACUUAAACCAUGUAUUUGGCACACCGGAUAGGGGAUGCGUGGCUACAUCUUGCUUUCGGUACUUUGACGUCCCCAGUGACCAACGUUCAUUGCCAUCGUUUCAAACUACUUUUUGUCUUACAACUGUUUUUUUGCUUUUGUUUUGCUCUUGAUACCAAACAUGCUGCUUUUGCUCCAUUAUGCUGUACGUGUACAUGUGAAGAGUCUGAUUCAAUGGACAGAAGUGUGCGAGAGCGUGAUUACCUGUGUUGGUCCCACCAGUCAAUCCAUUUCCUUAUGCCCCAACAGUUGCCCAGGAUAAAAUAGCAUGUCCAAAUUAAUUUUAUCAUCAUCAACGACCCAUUCCUGGUUACUUUGGGAUUUCUUGCGUUUAUUUGUUGGUUGUUUUUGAAGUGUUUCUUCAAUGGAUUUUGGCUAAUGAAGAGCAAGAAAUGGGCAUAAGUUUGCGCCCUGAAAUUGCGGUACAACUAUCUUGUGAAUCUGUUGUUGUAGGUGGGACUGUUUUACACACUCAUGCAUAUGCGUAUGAGGGGGAGGGGCCUGCGCGCUGCUGUUAGAGCUGAUUGGCUGUACUGGAGAAUGCUUGAACCUGGAGUGUUCUGAUUGGUGAGAGAAUGAAAGGAGCCGCGUGUAAUCUUAUUUCCAAAAAGCCUUAUUCUUGUAACAUCAUAGAAAAAAAAAUUUAAUACAUUAUUGUUGUAUUAUUUUGACUAUUAUCUUCUUAACAGACAUUUGAUUUCUUGGUUUAGUGUUUUGCUUUUUUUAACAAAGAUACUGUACUCAUUUUUUUUUAAUUAGCAAGUAAAAAAUAAUGCUCAUUUUACUCAUAGUACGUUAAAAGACAUUCUAUUUUUUCACUGUAGAAAUGUAACGUGAGAUGUGUUGGUGUGCAUGUAUACAUAGACGAAUGGGACGUGAAUGUAUACAUACACACUCACAUAUAUUAUAUUUAAAUGCAGAAUAUAAAGAUGUAUCCAAAUCUUCAUAUGAAUAGCCUUUUUUUUGUUUUGUUUUUGAAGCGGGCGCUCAUUUUUAUACCACCAUGAAAUUAUGAAAUUGUGUGUAUGAAAUCAUGAAUGACUUUUUAUUGUUGUUGUUUUUUUGUUUUGUUUUUUAAAGUCGGGGAAAUCAGAAAUGCAGAAAUUUCCCAUAAAUCAUUUCAGGGAGAGCUUUGACUUCCUGUUGCCCAAUGAUGAAGGUUCAUCGAUAGUACUAGUAUUAACUGAAGUAUUACUUUUAUAAAAGAUGUAGAACUGGUUUACUAAAUAUUGAAUUGAAAAAAAAAUAUACAAUCAUCUAUACUUUCCAAAUUUGACUAAAAAAACACAAAAAAAAUAAUUUUGUUACAGCCCAUAUCUGUGAAAGCUUUUUGAAACAUUUUAUUUUGUCCUUUUACUUUUCAAACCACCGAAUGUUCAAUCGUUUGUUAGAUAUCAACUAUGAUCCUGAAUAUAAUGCCUGUAAAUAAACAAAUAUAUAUUAUAUGUAUUUGUAUAAUUUGACCCACAAGGAUUCUGUCUUUGAACAAAACUGAGAUAACCAACAAAAAAAUGUUU